AUGCCGGAUGCUCUUUGGGAUGGCGGUUCGAGACGAUUCGCGGAUGCAUGUUUUUCACUGACAACGACGCAAAAUUUUCUUUCUUUCUUCUUCUUUAUUAUAGGGUACGCGUACAGUUACAAAGCGAUCGAGGAGUUGGUGAUAAAGCCGAAAAGAUGGCGCGAUUUGAUGACGGACGAGAAGAUUACGAGGGAUGAUUUGUUAAUCGUUCAAGAUCCGAUGGCCACGACAAGCAACGCGCGAGAAGGCGGCGGCGAUAGAAAUAGAAUGUUAGAAAAGAUGGACCACGUGAUCACGAAAAAAGGCGCGAACUUUAUUGGGAGUAAAGGCGGCGUGAAGAAAGAAGGAGGAAGUAUCAACGCGGACGCGAUGUCAGAAGACGUGAAGAGAGCGUUGGAUGCGUUGAAAACGAAGGAAGCGAAAGAGGCUUUUAAAGGUGGCGGCGGAGGGAAAGUCGCGGAGAUGGAGAUGAAAAAAGCGAAUGAUGCUAGAAACAACGACGACGACGAAGAUGUAAAAGUAGAUUUGAAGAAGCUUCACCAGUACGCGGACAAACCGCACGCGGCGGACGUGGUGAAAUUCGCGCCCGGCGCGGCGACGUUUUCGAGCGCGGAACCCGUCGAUUACUCGAAAAAAGGCGUCAGUGAUCGCGAUUACUUCUUGAAACGACCUUUAGAGGAGGAACGCCAACGUUUCUUGAACUCUAUGAAACGUUUUCUCAAACCUCGAAGAUUCGAAGAAAAUCACUCUCGCUCGGACGGUAAACAAGCCAUGGGCUUCACGUCCACGAUCGGCGGCGAAGGAUUGAAAGGCGGCAAAGAGAAGAAACCUGUGUUUUUGAAUCCCAAAAAAGGCGAGAAAGGCUACGUUAGUCUCGACAUUCAACAGUUUGGUUCUCUCAACCUGGAACUUCACUGCGAUAUCGCGCCGAGAACGUGCGAAAACUUUCUCCAUCUGUGCGAGAAGGGUUUUUACGACGGCGUGAAAUUCCAUCGCAACGUCCCGAAUUUUAUGAUUCAAGGCGGCGAUCCAACCGGAACCGGGAAGAAAGGCUUCUCCAUAUACGGCGAAACGUUUAAAGACGAGUUUGGUUUACAAAAAGGCGUGUUGAGUCACAAAGAACGCGGCAUUGUCUCCAUGGCGAACAAAGGUAAAGACACGAACAAUUCGCAAUUCUUCAUCACGUACGGGAAGAAUUUGACGCAUUUAGACGGAAAACACACAAUCUUUGGCAGAGUCGUCGGAGGUUUGAAAGUAUUGGACGAGUUGGAAGAUAUCGAAGCAGACGAUAAAGAUCCCGAGAAAUCCGGCGUGGAUAUCAUCAUCGAAAAGACGACGGUUCAUCAAAACCCGUGGACAAAAUUGGAGAAGGAGUACGAGGACAAACGAGGAGGCGUCGCCGACGACGAUAUUAAGACCGCCAACGCGACGAUGGCGGUCAAAACAAACACGGAGAAAAAAAUGGAAGAAGAGGAAGAAAAGAAGAAAAAGAUGGGUCCUAAAAUAGUCGGGUCUGGCAUCGUUUAUGAAUUCGGAAGAAAUAGAAGAAGAAGAAGAACGACGACGCAAGAAAGCGAAAGCGACAACAACAUCCGCGAAAAGAACAGGAGGCUUUGGUAA